AUGGCCGACAACUCAGACCAGUACUCCAGCGCUGCCUCCAAUGGCAAUGGCAAUCGGACUGGCCGCAAGCCCAACUCCCGUCCUCACAGCCGCAAUGAGCCUCGCCGGGACAGUUCAACCAGUAACAAGAAACCGUCCAAUGGUCCCUCCACCACCACCGGCGAUCGCGACUCGCCGCCAGGCCAAAACAACCAGCGCCGCAGCAGCGUCCAACGAGUUGGCAACCCUGCCGGUGGCCGCAAGCCUAACGAUCCUCCUGCCCCGCAAGCUCGCCGGGCUUCGGAUGUUGGCCCAUCUCUAGGCAAUGACAACACGCUCAGUGGCAGCAUGCAUGCCCCGAAAGGUCGCGCGCAAUCGGGAGGUCAACGAAAACCUAGUCUCGACAAGAACGCCGGAUCUAAGAGCACGCUCAACCCCAACGCGGGUGGUUUUCAACCUGGUGCCUUGUCUUCAAUUAUGGAUGUCGACGCCGAGGUUUUGAUUACACCUACUCCAGGCCAAACCCAGUUUAACCACGAGGCAUUGCAACGUCCUCCCGCCAACUUCCCGGGAGGUUUCGUCGGUGAGCUCCCCGACAAUGCUGGGGCGUUCGGUCGCCUCCCCGGGAUGAACAACGCUAGAGGAUUCGCCUUCCCGGGCGGAAACAAUCUCGCCAACAAUCAAUUGGCCCAACAAAUAUUGCAACAGCAGCAACAAAUGCAGUUCCUCAACAACAAUUUCUCCGGACCUGGCUCUCUUGGUGGUCUUAAUGAUCUCCAGGCUACCGUGCAGCAACAAGCGAUGCAAGUUGUCCAGAUGCAAGCAGCUCUGCAGGCCGCCCAAGCCCAAGCUCCACAUGUCACUGCGCCCCGGUUUAGCAACAUAGAUGUCAUGUCUCCCAUGUCCGAGUCGCUACAGAUCCAACAGCAACUUGAAAUGUUACGCCAUCAGCAGGAGGCCCUCAUGAACCGCUUUGGCGACCUUCAAACCGGCCCACCAGCCGAUCGCUCUCAUUCCAUCCAUCGACGUGGUCAAAGUGCACAAGUAGGCAGCGGCCAGAGCAAUGGCGGUAACGCGUUUGGAGCUAUGGGGCGAUUCGGACUCGAUGGCGCGAGCUCUUUCAGCCAAGCUCUCGGGGCCAACGAUGCUAAUUCUAUGGCCAAUGGAGGCUCUGCGAAUCCGAAGGGUCAUGGUCGCCGUCACAGUGUCCAAGUAAGCUCCAACACCGGUGCCAAUAAUCAACAACAAUUGGGAUUCCCCGGGCAGAACUUCCAGUUCCCAGCUUCCGUUCCCAGCUCCGCCUUCAGCAACUACCUUGCUAACCCUGUCGGUAGCGAUCUGGACUUCGGCAUGGGUAACGGCUUUUCCAACAAUGGCUCUGGCGCUCAAGGCCACCGUCGUGGGCACAGUAAAGCUAGCAGCAUCUCCAACAUUGGUGGAUUCAACAUGGAUUUUGGCGCCCAGGCUUCCACCGAUCUCAAUCAAGCUCAGAUGCAAUUGCAACAACUCGCCCAAUUCCGAGCAGCUUCGGGUCACACACGUGUCCCAUCAUUCGGCUUCCAAAACCCGAUGAAUCUGGGACCUGGUCAGACGCAAGUCGGGCAAGGCAAUCAACAAAUGCGCAAGUCGUUAUUUGCGCCGUACUUGCCCCAAGCGUCUAUCCCUCCCUUGUUGGCUGCCGGUAAACUCGUCAUUGGUGUCUUGCGCGUCAACAAGCGCAACCGAUCUGAUGCGUAUGUCGCCACCGAUUCACUGGACUCGGACAUCUACAUCUGUGGCUCCAAAGAUCGGAACCGUGCUCUCGAGGGCGACGUUGUGGCGGUUGAACUUCUUGACGUUGAUGAAGUCUGGGGUACGAAGAAGGAGAAGGAGGAGAAGAAGCGCAAGAAAGAAGAAAAUCAAGCAUUUGAUUCUCGCGUUCCUCAAAAUAACCGCCGUGAAGACAAGAAGCGGGAUGAUGUCGAGGUGGAAGGGCAGGGACUCACUCUUUUCGAAGAGGAGGAAGUCAACGACGAACAAAGGCCCAACUUCGCUGGCCACAUCGUCGCUGUUGUCGAACGCAUGCCCGGUCAGCUCUUCAGCGGUACCUUGGGAUUGCUCCGCCCUUCAUCCGCCGCAACCAAAGAAAAGCAGGAAGCUGAACGGCGCGAACGUGAGGGGGUUGACUUGCGUGGCGGUCAACGCGAAGAACAACGUCCCAAGAUCGUCUGGCACCGACCUACCGACAAGCGAGUUCCUUUGAUUGCUAUCCCGGUCGACCAAGCGCCUGCCGACUUCUUGGCGGAUCCCAACAAGUACUUGUCUACGCUUUUCAUUGCUGGUAUUAAGCGAUGGCCCAUCACUUCUCUGCACCCUUUCGGUACCUUAGUCGAGGAGCUUGGCCCCAUUGGUGACAUUGAGGUUGAAACCAAUGCUCUACUCAAAGACUGUAACUUCACUUCGGAGGAAUUCUCCGAGAAUGUUGUCAAGUGCUUGCCGCCGUUGCCGUGGACCAUCCCCGAACGCGAAUACGAGGUGCGUCGUGACUUCAGGAACCAGGUCGUUUUCACAAUCGAUGGCGCGACCGCUCGAGACUUGGAUGAUGCCUUACACAUCUCAAUGAAUGAAGACGGAAGCCUUGAAGUAGGGGUGCACAUUGCAGACGUCACUUACUUUGUCAAGCCAGGAACCGCGUUGGAUCGCGAAGCUCGCAAGAGAGCGACUACCGUCUACCUGGUUCAACGAGCUGUUCCCAUGCUCCCUCCGACUCUUUCCGAGCACUUGUGCUCUUUGUCACCCGGUCAAGAUAAGUUGACAUUCAGUGCCGUGUUCAAGAUGACCCCGCAGGGCAGAGUGAUCGACACAUGGUUUGGAAAGUCAAUCAUUUGCUCGAGUGCCAAGUUGACCUACGAUUCGGUCCAGCAAGUUCUCACCGAUAACUCGUCCACUCCUGAGAUGAAGGUUGAGAAGGAGGGCGUCGCGGUCAAUCAAAUUUACGAUUCCCUGCGGGCCUUGGGCCAACUUUCUCGUCAAAUGCGUGCUCGCAGAUUUGAAGAAGGCUGUCUCCGCAUUGACAACAUCCGACUAGACAUCAAGCUCGACGCGGAAGGCCUGCCUGAGGAUUGCUCGGUCGUUCUUGGCGACGAAGCCAAGCAACUGGUUGAGGAAUUCAUGUUGUUGGCGAACUCGGCCGUGGCUAAGAAGAUUGCAGCCGGCUUACCUGAGCAGGCAAUGCUCCGACGUCACGAAGCUCCGAUCGACCGAAGGUUGGAAGGAUUUGCCAAGAGGGCUGCCAAGAUGGGCUUUGAAAUCGACACAUCCAGUGCUGGCGCCUUGAUGAAAUCUAUCAAAUCAAUGGAACAGGCUGGCAAGGCUCCCCACUUUGUGCUCCAAUUGUUGUCGACCAAAGCGAUGGUUAAAGCCAAAUACUUUUGCGGUGGCGCCUUGGACAUUGCGAAAUGGUCGCAUUAUGCCUUGAAUCUCCCCGUUUACACUCAUUUCACCUCACCGAUCCGUCGUUUUGCAGAUGUGAUGGUCCACCGUCAAUUGGAGGCCGUAUUGAGUACCUCUUGUGAUGUCAAGUUCACUAUGGAUCCCGACUCCAUCAGCAAAUGCGCCCAAUUCUGCAACAUCAAGAAGCACGCUGCGCGUCUUGCCGAGGAACAAUCUCAGCACUUGUUCCUUUGUGUGCUCAUUGCGGACCUGACAGCCAAGUACGGACCCGUCAUUCGAUCUGCCAACGUCAUUGGGGUCUGGGACGAGGCCUUCGAUGUUGCCGUUCCGGACUUCGGGAUCGAAAAGCGUGUGCAUGUCGAUCAAAUGCCGAUAGAUAAUCACGUGCAUGAUGAACAUGCCAACACCUUGAAGCUCUACUGGCAGCAAGGCGUCGAUGUCGUUUCUCACUUGUCUGAACACUCAACCGAUGCCCACUGGCACUCUAUUCGCCACCAUGCUGAAAGGCAUGCGAAGUUGAUGGAGGCCUCCUCUCAGUCUGUGCAAGCGGAAAGUGCAUUAUUUGAAGACGACGAAGACGAUGUCGUUCAGCAUCCAUUCAAAGGACCUGGCAAGACAGGCGAGCUAACCGAGCGAGAAAAGCAGAGCGCGCAACGUUUGAAGAGCGCUGAGAUGGCCCGUGCCAAAGGAAAACUUGAAUUACAAUGGGAAGGCGUCGAAAAGAUUGAAGCAGCCCCCGGUGUAACUCAUUGCGUCCAGACCGUCAAGGAGCUUCAAACCGUGCCCGUCAUUAUCACUGCUGAUACUACCAAGAGUCCUCCCGUGUUGAAGAUCUUUGCCGUCAACCCAUUUGCAUGA